CUUAUAGGCUAUGCGUCAGCUAGGACUACAGCCUCGGCAGAGUAGCCAUCUCUCAGGGUCAAGGGAGUAAGUGAAUAUAAAUAUAAGGAAUUAGUCUUCCUUUCAAGCAUUACCUUAAGCGAGACUUCUCAGUCUAAUUCAUUACCAAUUUCUCCGUCUUUCCAUUUUGAAAUUGAACUAAGAUGGGGACAUACGCGAUUACUGGCAUCAAGGCCGGUGUCACUGCUGACACAGUGCCGCUUCGUCUCGAGGUAGAUAGCUGGUAUCCGGGACAAACCAAAGAACAUCUACUCCAGAAUAGCCUGUUCCUCUGGGCUCUACGGUUUUUAGAGGACAGAAAACCCGAUGAAAAGCUUUCGUACUUUAAGAUAGCUGGUAUUCAUGGUUCACCUUACGAGGCCUGGGACGAGCAGACCGACGCACAGACUGUGAAUGAAGGCUACUGCACUCAUGAUAGUCUUCUCUUCCCUUGCUGGCAUCGACCAUACAUGCUCCUAUUCGAGCAAGUUCUUUAUGAAAUUAUGGAAAAUCAAGUAAUCAAAAAGCUCCCUGAAAGUAGCCGCAAGGUUUGGCGUAACGCAGCCGCGACCUUUCGAUUGCCUUACUGGGAUUGGGCGGAGAAAAAGAAGCGAGGCGACUCGGUCGUCUACGAUGUCCCGAUCAUUGCCAAAGCUGCCAAAAUUGAGGUUCUUGACUUGAACGACGGCGUCACGGUAGUCAAGAUUGAUAACCCAAUGCACAAGUUUACUAUGCCAAGUGGGGUACCAAUGGGUACUUACAAGGUCGGAGACGUGGACAGUGAGAUGUCAGACGGCACAAAGACUAAGAUUCCAUUUUCCAAAUCCGUUGGUACCAGCAGAUGGGCCCCUUACGAACCCGAAUCGUCCAAUGUCUCUGCCGAGUGGGUGGAAGGAAAAGUUGACAACGAACUAGCGACCGACGCACUUGAUGAUCAUAAAUGGUAUAAUGGGGAAAAGGUGCCUUUGGCCGAGAUGACAUACCGCCUCUUCUUGCCCGAAUACAUCACUUCAUUUUCCCAGUUCGCCACCACCAAAUACAGUGAGGUCCAUGAUCCAUCAUCUUACUUGAACCUGGAGUUUGUUCAUAACAACAUCCAUAACUGGACCGGAGGUUAUGAUAAAUACAUUGGACAUAUGACGGAAGUUCCGGUUGCCGCUUUUGAUCCCAUCUUCUUCAUGCAUCACUGCAAUGUCGACCGACAGUUCGCCAUUUGGCAAGCCCUUAACGUGGAUAACAAGGAGAAUUGGUUUGAAAGAGAGGAUGAGCAACUGCCCGACAAUGGUACUUGGUCGAUCGAGAAAGGGGCCAAUGACACCCCGAAGACUCCACUUGCUCCGUUUCACAAGGACACGAAGGCAACCUACUUCACGUCCGAUGAUAUCAGAGACUGGACACAGUGGGGUUAUUCCUACCCCGAGCUCCAGCCAUGGCUCCCCAAAUAUAAGAAAGACGGCGUGUUCGACAAGCAGCUGUAUAUCAAAGACAUCCAAGACCAGCUGAAGAAGCUCUAUAGCUCUCCUGAAGUGGAACACGCUCCUGCCGACGUCUUUAUCAACGUGGAGUACAAAAGAUUCGCUUUGGAUGGCAUCCCGUACACCGUGUACUUCUUCAUCGGCGACGAGAAGGAGCUCAGCGAGUACGACCAGCCGCUCUAUACCCACCCCAACCUUGUGGGCUACGUAUACACGUUCACCAACCCGGCUUACCACAAUCCGGACACGCCAGGCUGCAAGAACUGCAGAGUCAAAUCCACCGAGAACACGAAGUCGACGGCCCAGAUCCCAAUAACGGCCCCGCUGCUUUCCCGCACAUCCUCUUCGGCGGAUCUCACUGCGUCGGCUAGUGGUUACCGCCUGCCCUCGCUCACAGACCCCGACCACGUGUCAACUCACCUCGAAAAGAACCUUCACUGGAGAGUUAGAGUACAUGGCCACGAUAUUCCAAUUCCGAGUGACGACCCCUUCGUCAAAGUCUCUGUUUACCAUCGCAAGGCGGAUUCAUCCCGCAGAUUCCGAGGCGGCGGUGGGUAUUCUCAUCUGAAGGAUGCGACCCGGGGAAAGGCCGGCGGCUUCUGGGCUUGAUCUAAGAGUCGAUAUUUCCAAGAUAGAAGAUACUAAACGGGAACAAGCAAUAAAACAGGUACCUAACCUAGG